AUGGCAGACACCGCCUACGAGAGAGUCUUGUGUGUCAAGAACGAAGUUCAAGUCUAUAAAAUCCCACCUAGACCCUCUAAUAGGGGUUACAGGGCAGAUGAAUGGAAACUAGAAACUCCAGACUGGACAGGAAGGUUGCGUGUUGUGUCCAAAGAAAAGGAAUUAAUUAUCAAAUUGGAAGACAAAACCUCGGGAGAGCUGUUUGCACAAUGUCCAGUGGACGAGUACCCAGGUAUAGCAGUGGAGUCAGUAAUGGACUCCAGCCGCUAUUUUGUGUUACGCAUAAAGGAUGACAGCGGGAGAAGUGCGUUCAUUGGUAUUGGAUUUCAUGACAGAGCUGAUUCAUUUGAUCUCAAUGUCUCGAUUCAAGAUCACUUCAAGUGGUUGAAGCAAGAGGCAGAAGAAGAGAAACAGUCACAUGCUGUCGACACGGGACCGAAACUGGAUCUUGGCUUCAAGGAUGGACAGACAAUUACUUUGAAUUUAGGAACCAAGAAGAGUGAUGCGUCAAAGGCCCGCAGCAAACCAGCAGUUAAGGGUGGUGCCGGAGGCUUUGGGUUACUUCCCCCUCCACCAGGAGGGGUCAGACUUCCACCACCAUCUUCUGUCUCACCGUCUUCAUCAUCUGAAUCGAGCUCUUCGGCUUCGGGAAACACAUUCCAGAGUUCCUCGCCUCAGCCACAAGGUGUUGACCUCCUGCUGGACAUAGGUCACCUGGAACCAGCGUCGCAUCAGCCCAAGCCUGCAGCCUCCCAGAAUCCACCUGACCUGUGGGGGGAUUUUGCCAGUGCCGGCGGAUCGCAAGAGGAGUCUUCCAACACUGCAGCUGGCAACUGGGUCCAGUUUUGA